AUGGCGCCCUCCCUUCCCAGCUCACUGCCGCCGUCGGCAGCAAAUCAGACCUAUGUGACAAUCUCAGCACUCGAGUCAGGCCAGUUGACGCUGCCAGAGCGGCUCUUUGUGACCAACGCCGACCCCGAGAAGAAAGCCACGGUUCCGUCACUGUCCUUUCUUAUCCGCCAUCCAUCCGGCUCAAAUGGCAGAUCGACUACGAACAUGGUCUUCGACCUCGGCGUCAAGCGCGAUGUGAGCAAGUACCCUCCUGCGAUGCAGACGCAUAUCAGCAACCGGCAGCCUACGAUACAUCAUCCCGACACAGCAGACAGUCUACAACUUGGAGGUCUCGACCCUGCAAAGGACAUUGAUAUUGUCAUGUUGAGCCACGUUCACUGGGAUCAUGUAGGCACGCCAGAAGACUUCACCUCCGCCUCGUUCGUUGUCGGUAGUGGCACGAUGCACCUGCUCGAGCACGGUGCACCACCUCACUAUCCUAAGGAGAUUUUCGAUCCAGAGCUACUGCCCCGCGAUCGCACGAAAGAACUGCCACCCGUCGACAAAGGCAGCAGCACAGCCUCCGCUCAACAAACCACGCAGAAAUGGGAACCGCUUGCCUCUUUUCCAGCGGCGCUCGAUUUCUUCGGCGACGGCAGCGUGUACGUGAUCGACACACCUGGUCACUUGUUCGGGCAUGUGAACCUGCUCGCACGCCUGGGCCCUAACAAGUGGGCUUACCUGGGCGGCGACUGCUGCCACGACUAUAGAAUCUUGACAGGCGAGAAGGACGUGGCACUGUAUGACGAUGGCCACGGCGAGUUGCGCAGCGUGCACGUGGACACGGAUGCGGCUGUGGAAUCACUGAAGCGCAUCAAGCCCCUCAUGCCUGGAGGCGAGCUGUUGGCCGACGGCGUGAAUGAGGUGGAGGUCAUCGUAGCGCAUGACGGCGGGUGGAGGGACAGGAACAAGGCCCGGUUCUUUCCUGGCACGCUAUAG